UGACAACUGAGUGACAUUUAAAUUUUUGCACUUGCAUUUUAUAUGCGUUUGUUUGUUUUUUCACCACGUUUCAUUUAAUUAAAAUAAAUAAUAUUUUAGCCCGAACUAAUUGAUAUGACUGCCAGAAUAGGACCUAUUGAUCCCCCGAGUUCAGCCAGUUCCGACAGUGACCUUAUAGACACCCAAGACUAUGGAGAGGUAUUUCCAGAUAUGGAAGACCAAGAAGAAAAAAGUGGGGACUUUUACAACACCCCAGCCUCGCCCAUUACUGUUCCCUAUUGUCCCAGACCACCAUCAACUGGUUCCCAAAAAUCUCCCAGGGCUAGAAGGCAACGUACGACGUCACUGAACCAAGCCACCACCACCCAAACUAAAACAGAUGUUAUGAUAAGGACUCCCCAGAGGACUAUAUACACUGCUGGCCGACCUCCAUGGUACAACAGUGAGGGCCAGAAAGUUGAACCUUUUGUCAUAGGUAUUUGUGGUGGUAGUGCCUCAGGUAAAACCACUGUGGCAGAAAAAAUUAUUGAGUCCCUUGGUGUCCCUUGGGUUACCUUGCUAAGCAUGGAUUCAUUCUAUAAAGUGCUGUCUGAGAAACAGCAUCAUGUAGCUGAGAAAAAUGAAUACAAUUUUGACCAUCCUGACGCUUUCGAUUGGGAAUUGCUCUCAAUAACGUUACAGAAGCUUAAGGAGGGCAGAAAGGUGGAAGUUCCUAUAUACAAUUUUAUGACACAUUCUAGAGAAAAUCGGACUAAGACUAUGUAUGGUGCGAAUGUGAUAAUUUUCGAGGGGAUUUUGACCUUUCACAGCCAAAAAGUGACUGAUAUGUUAGAUAUGAAGAUAUUUGUAGAUACAGAUGCCGAUGUGCGACUAGCCAGGAGGUUAAAGAGGGAUAUUAGCCAGAGGGGUAGGGACUUGGAAGGAGUGUUGAAACAAUACACUAGUAUGGUGCAGCCUUCAUUUAAUCAUUAUAUUGCCCCAUUGAUGUCUUAUGCAGACAUUAUAGUGCCGAGGGGAGGCGAAAAUGAAGUCGCGAUUCAGUUGAUUGUUCAACAUGUUCAUACACAACUUCAUUUGCGAGGUUUUAAACUCAGGGAGGAACUGGCCCAAGCCUACGCAAUGAAUUCAGGUCCCAGGCCUCCAACGGUGAAACUACUGCCCACCACACCCCAAAUCAGGGGUCUUCACACGUUUAUAAGGAACAAAGACACUCCCAGGGACGAGUUUAUAUUUUACAGUAAAAGAUUGAUAAGGCUCGUGAUAGAGUUUACUCUCAGUUUGAUGACUUUCAAUGAUAAAAUGGUGGAAACUCCACAAGGAGUGUUUUAUGAUGGGAAAAGUAUGGCAACAAAUAAACUGUGUGGAGUAUCUAUCUUAAGAGCGGGAGAAACUAUGGAACAAGCGGUGUGCGAUGUGUGCAAGGAUAUUAGGAUAGGAAAAAUUUUGAUCCAGACUAAUUUACAAACUGGGGAACCAGAGCUAUAUUACUUAAGACUGCCCAAAGAUAUAAAAGACUACAAAGUGAUCCUGAUGGACGCGACCGUGGCCACGGGUGCAGCAGCAAUGAUGGCCAUCAGGGUGCUUUUGGAUCACGAUGUAACCGAAAGCAAUAUUUUAUUGGUUUCUCUUCUUAUGGCAGAAUCCGGUGUGCGUUCAAUAGCAUACGCCUUCCCAAAAAUUCAAAUAGUCACCACGGCAAUUGAUCCGGAAAUAAACGAUAAAUUCUACGUUUUACCGGGAAUCGGGAACUUUGGCGACAGAUAUUUCGGAACGGAACCGGCAGACUUGUGUUAGGAUAUUAAUGCUCUUUUUGCGGCAGUAUUUGCGUCUUAUUAGGACGUUGUUAUUUAUUUUUUAUUUAUUAGCAGCUGUAAGAAUGUAGUUUAUUAAGCUAUUUUUAUUGUAUUGUCUCACAUUCAUAGUACUUAAAACAUCUUGGGGUAACUUGAAGAAACGUUAACCUUACCGAUUCUAUAUUAAUCUUAAUAGGGACAAUAGAAUCUCAUGUGAAAAUAAGGAAUAACCUACUGGAGGCUCUUUUUAUAUGAAAAGUAUAAACAGGAUUACGGGCUGGGAUAAAAUUGGGUCAAAUUAAAAAAAAAAACAAGUUUCUAGGUGUGUAUAUUUGUAAAUUUCUAUUAGUUUAGUGUCUACUUUGUUGGUAUAACAAAGAUUUGUAAAACCUGU